GACGCAAUGAUCAGCCCUCCUCCUCCUCCAAGAGCGCCUGUGAACAUCCUUUCCUGCUGCAGCUGACAGGUUUGAGUCCUGGGGCCAUUCCCGUGUCUGCUCAUUGCUCCUGCUGCAGGCUGCGGUUCCACGGUGCAAUUAUCACUCAGGCCCAAACGCAUCCCGUGCCUUGUGUCUCAGACUUUGACACAUCGUUGCGCCCACCUUCCCUGUGCUCCAAUCUGAUUUAAGUACCGCCACCCCACUGAACCGAUAGGCAUUUUUGACACCUGCAAUUCCCAUCCGACGCCUGUCUCCUACUAAUCUGCUACCAGAAGCUGUCUUCAACUAAAGAGUUAAGAUGAGGAAAAGUGGCAUCCUGAGCAAAAGGUAUAUGUAUAGAGGCUUAUUCCAGAGGGGAAUAUGGUUCUUUUCUUCCUAUUCUGAAAUGGAGCUGGAAAGUGUGACAGUAAAUGUAACCAUCCAGGACUUUGUGGCUGAUGUGGUGUCUGAGCUGUUUUUCCGCAAUACGCACCAAGUCCCUAAGGAGACCAUGUUCGUAUUUCCUGUGGACUCUGAUACUGUUGUACACACCUUCUACGCUACCAUGGGGGACACUCGCAUUGAAGCAAUGCUCUGGGAGAAGGAGGAGGCCCAGCAGCUGUGCAAAGCCACUUCAGGCAUGGAGAAUUUAGGAUACCUGCAGAACCAGUGGGAUCUUUGGGGUCCUGUGUUCGCUUGUUUCUUGGGGACCCUGCCUCCUAACAGCGAAGUGACCAUCAGCCUGUGCUAUGUCCAGGAGCUGCCAAUGCAGCCUGAUGGAGCUGCUCAGUUUUGCUGGCCACACGAGCUCUUCCCCCGGACAAACUACAUUAGAUGGCAUUCUUCUGAGGAGGAGACAGAAUCUGAAAACCUGCACUUCAGCAUCUGUCUGAAUUCAGCCCGUGGUGUGUCCCAUAUAGCCAUUAACAGCAGCUACACUCCUCUGCAAUACACGACUCCAGAUCAAACAUCUGCUGUGGUAUCCUUGAAAUGUCCACCCUGGAUGCAGGCUGAUCUGAACGUGCUGGUGUAUUACAGAGGGUCUCACACACUCAGCGCAGUGGUGGAGAGGAGAGAUCCCAAAGCCCCACCUGGCUCUCUGCUGGGAGACCCUGUGGUGAUGGUGACACUGAUGCCCAGUAUUCCUGAGGUCGAGCCCAGUCCAGGCCAUCUGGGGGAAUUUCUCUUUCUCAUGGACUGCAGCCUCUUCCAGGAUGCACAGAACACCCUGCUCUUCCUCCUCAAGAGUUUGCCUCUGGGCUGUUACUUCAACAUCUACAGUUUUGGGGCCACUUUCAAAGCCUUCUAUCUGCAGAGUGUGGAAUACACGCAGGAAAGCAUGGACAAUGCAGUGGGGCGCAUCUCCUCCAUCUGCCCUGAUCUGGGGGGCUGUGACCUGUUGGGCCUUCUAAGGUUUAUCUACAGCACUCCUCUCCUUCAUGGGCACGCCCGCCAGCUUUUCAUCUUCAUUCAAAGGAAGAUCUCCAGUGAAGAGGAAGCUGUCAUGGCUGAGGUCUACCGUUACCGGGACCACCACCGGUGUUUCUGUUUUCCUACUAACCGAUGUGACAGCUUCAACCUUUCCCAGGCCAUGGCCCUGGAGACCAAAGGUGAAUGUGUGUGCAUCCACUCUAGGAUGGACAUGACAUCCGAGGCAGUGAAAUGCUUACAGAGGGCAUUGCAGCCUCUGGCAAGUGGGAUCUCACUACACUGGGAACUUCCACCUGGCCUGGAGGUGUCAAUGAUCAGAAAAGCUCCUGACAUGAUCUUCCAGGGACAUAAGAGCUCCAUCUAUGCCCAGAUCCAUGGGCAAACACAGGAUCCAAAAGUGGGUGAGGGAGCUGUGACCCUUCAGUACCACGUGGGCAGCCAGUCCUUUGAUUACACGCUCAGAUUCUCACUGUCCCCAUCAGCAGACAACAGGCUACCUGUGCACCGCAUGGCCAUGAUGCACCUGCUGUGGAAACUGGCCUGGGAAGGGACAAGCAGGACAGAGAAGGAUAUCUGGCACAAUGCAGUUAAGUCCAGCCUCAGCCUGGGGGUCUUGUCCCCCUUCACAUCCAUUGUGGCAGUACGCAUGAAACAGAGGGAUGCCUGGCACCACGAUUCUUUGCCUCCAGACUCCUCAAUGUUUUUCUCUCCCUCUUGCAACCUGGUUCCCUGCCAGCUGCUCUGGUUAAGUAGCUUCAGGCCUGCGUUGUUCAAGUCCACCAAGUUUUGGAUGGUCCAGAAGUGCCAGUUCUUGCUUGACAUACUUGAUCGCAAAACCCCGGACACUGAGGCACUCACUCAGCUUUCAGCAACCUGUAAAGACCAGAAGCCUCCUCCUGAAGAGCAGCCAAUGGAAGAACCAACAGCAUUUAAAAUGAGUUGGGACUGGACAAUCUCACCACUGUCAACAAGACUGUGCGACUUCUCUAGGCUUAGGGUAGUGGUGGCACUCCAGAAAGCAAAUGGCUCCUGGGCCCUCACCACAGCUCUGGCCUCUGCCCUGGGACUCAGCAAGGCUGAUGUUGAGCUACAAAGGCCCAGUGCGGAUGUGCAGCCAACUGUCUGGGCAACAGUUUUGGCUUUAGUCUGGUUGCAUCAGUAUAAAUGGAAAGUGUCUUGGUCAGAGAUUCUGGAGACCAAAGCGCGUAGCUGGCUGCGGGACCAAGCUGAGGUUCAGCUGGAUGCAUGUCUGGAGGCAGCAAAUUCCCUGCUAGGCUGCUUUGUGGAGCCCACCAUCUUCAGGAUUCGAACUUACCCUGUUACUGCGGGCGGGCAACAAGCUGUGUAGGAACACAGCCAGAACAGCUGACCCAAACUAGCCCAAGGCAUAUUCUGUAGCAUUAACAUCAUGCCCUUGCGGGAGUGACUGAGUGAAUGGCUGCGUGGGUGCUCAGAUGCUGCAUGGGGCCAACCCACUGCAGCUGACUUGUUCACACAUAUGCUCUCCACCAUAAUAUGCGAGUUUCCACUGGGCUCUGAAAAAUAACCCUAAAUACAUACACUAAACUUUGCUUCAUUUUUCCACAUUCUGCUUUUCUCUGAGGUUUACCCACACAGUCAUCUGCUGAAAAUACCAGAUCGCAGGGAGAAAAGUUGUGCUCAGAUACAACAGAAAAACACCUUCUACAUGAAUCAAGCUAUCUAUCUAUCUGUCUAUGUAUGUACUUUUUUUCUGCCUUUUAUAGAAAUGUAAGAUCAAUAUUAUUUGGUUUUGCAUAUUCACUCAUCCCCACAAGCUAGAGGAUUUUUUUUUGUUUUGUUUUGUUUAUUUUUAAAGGGGUCAAAUAUAGGGGUGGAUUUCACCGUAUCACUGUAGGGCCUACCGUAGUUGCCCAGCGCCAUUUCUGCUGUUCUGAGGUAUCUGAAACACCUGCCAGAUAGGAGCCAGGAUAUAAAGGACUGAUUUUCUGAGGUGGCAGGUGGAGAGUGAAUGGAAUACCAUGUGUCAUGGGAUUCAGUUGCCUAUAUAUGGUUGUUCUAGGAUUUUCAAGUGUAUUUGGUUUACAUGGCAAGGUUUCAGUAGCAGUGGGUUUGCAGGGGUGACCUCUGUGGUAAAAGGCUGCCCCAUGCCAGUCACAGAGCAUUCCAAAACAGACCCACUGCUGGCCAAAGAUGAGCCAAUCAGCAAAGCUGGUGGCGUCCCUAUAAAAGCAUAUUUAAAAAAAGAUAAAAAAUGCCACACAGCCAGAGAAGGAGGGGGGGAAAAAAAAUGAGAAAAGCAGUGCAAACACCAAGAUAAGAGGGGAAGGAGGAGGCAUUUCCCUAAAGUCCAUGGUAGAGCAGAUAUUCAUGCUGCAGCCCAUGGAGGGCCCCAUGCAGAUGGAUGUUUACUAAAGGACUUGCAGACCAUGGAGAGGACCCAUGCUGGAGCAGAAGAAAUGUGUAAGGAGGAAAGCGCAUCAAAGAGAAAAUGCUAUGUGUUGAUCACAGCUCCCUGUGUUCCAUCCCCCCUGUACAGAUGGCAGGGGCAUGGGGUAGAGGAGAAGGCAGGAGCUAAGGAGUGAAACUGAACCUGGGAAUAUGGGGACAGGGGGGAAGAGUGGUUAUGUUUUUGGUUUUGUUUCUCAGCAUCCUAUUCUAUUUUUAAUUGUCAAUAAAUUAUAUUAAUCUUGCCCAAGA